AGUGCAGGAGCAUAUAAUCGGUCCGUAAUUUCUCCAUAUACUGCGAUCGCAGAGGCGCCUGUGUGCUCCUUUUGGAUGCAAGCCCUUAAGGGCGCAUCCCGUGUAUCCAGUCGUUCGGAAAUCGCCAAUAUGCGGCGUCCGGUGGGCCAACGCGGUAGUUCCAGGGGACCGCUGUAGGCCGAAUAAUGUUGCCCUCUAUUGAGCUAAGUAACUUCCUCCAUAACCUGAAUGCUCGGAUUACUGUGCUUCCCGCUGUAAAUAGAAAAUGUUUUGCUGAUAGACAAAGACUGACCAGCUGUCCUCAUAUUGAUGUCAAUUAGUGCUUUCCACUGAUGUACUAUUAGUCGUAGGACCUUAUUUGUGUUUUGGUAAAAUGACAAGCUCCGUAGUUCCGUUUGUGGAGAACGAAAUGCCAAAAAGCAACGAACAUACAAUGGAGGCCUUAGAGACUGAAGUGGGCCAGGAUGCGGGUCAGCCGAAGAGACAAGUCAUUGAAUCACAUGCAGUACCUGCAAUACCUGAGAUACUGAACGGCAAUAAAGAUGACACGAAAUCCAUUCCCAUACCUUCAGAAGACCAUAUCGAACAUGAGCUUCAAAAUGAUAAUAUGAAGAAAAAUUAUAGGCCCAGUAAAGACACUUCAUCCUCUAACGAUGGCAUGUCUGAAGUAGGUCUCGAAGGAGAUGAUGAAGAAGAUGGUCCAACGAUACCGCGUCGUCACUCGGAGACCGAGGUUCUCCUGAAUGGUAGGCUUUCCAGGUGUACGACGGAGACACAGUCUAUGAAAUCAGACUCAGACAUGGACCUUUCCUCGGAUGAAAACUGCACCAGCCGCCAGCUACAGAUAAAAAAGUUAGCAUUAGAACAACGCCUUACAGAACUGUCAACAGCUCUAGCAGAAGAAAAAGAGCGUCGCAUGUGCGAUCUCGCUCACUUUCAAAAACAAAAAGAGGAUAUGCUAGUCAGGCAAGAACGGCUGGUAAAGGAUUUGGAAAGGAUCAAGAAGGACAAAGAAUCGGCCGUAAUGAAAUAUGCCAAGAGCGAGCAUGAAGCCAUCACUGCAAGCAAAGCGCGAGAAUCAUUCGAAAAAAAACUUAUCGAUACGACAAAAGAAAGGGACGUUUACGUGGCACGAGUGCGGCAGUUAAACCAGGACUAUGCCAGACUGCAGUCGAGGUUAGAAGCGCGCGCUGGUGAUCUUAAUAAACUAGAGAGGAUUAUUGAUCGGCUUACCGAUGAGAAAACUAAAGCUCAACAUCGCCUUCAGGAUUUAGAGAAGUAUUGUGAUAAGUUGUUAGCCGAACAACAACAGGAACUUGCUAAAAUGGCCACCGAACAGUCAAAGGAAAUGAGCGAAAAAUUAGAGGACAGAAAAACCCGACUUGCCGAAUGCCAAAAGGAACGAGAUGAACUGUAUCAGCGCGUACAUCACCUCGAGAACAUAAAUCGCGUUCAUCACGAAAACCUCUCUUUGUCACAAAUUGAAAUUGAAGGGCUAAAAGCCAGCUUAGAGCAGGCCAUUGAAGAUCACGCCGGCUGUGGCCAACGAGAAGCCGAAAGUCUGCAGUUUACGCAGCAGCUCACCGAACGCACAUUACAUAGCCAAGCAGAAAAUCAGCAGUUGAAGGCCCAAGUAUCCCUGUUAACAGAGGACCUUAAUUCUUUCAGUGAUCGUAACACCCAACUAGAACGCGAUUUGGCCGAUGUAUCUGAGAGACUGCGGAUUAUGUCAAAUGAACGAAAAUGUCUCGAGAUUCGAUUCACUGACACCGAAAAAGAACGCGAUGCCGCACAGCGCAGGAUGCGUGAACUGGAGCAUGAAAAGACACAGGUAAGACGCAAAAGUGAGCAAAAUAUUAAACAGCUCAGCAAGGAGCUACAAAUUGCGCGGAAGAAAAUCGAAGAGGUCAUCAGUGCCAAUGAUGGCUCGGAAUCGAGAUUAGCGAAAGAUGCAGACGGUGGUGGUGGGGCGACGAUUCAACUCGAUCAAAAGUUGCUCGUCGAAAGAAUUGUCAAGCUGCAAAAAAGCCUUGCGCGUAAGACCGAAAAAAUCGAAUUUUUGGAAGAACACGCUAAGGAGCUCAUGAUUGAGUUGAAUCGCAAAAAGGGACGGUAACCGCAAUCUCGUCUAUCAUCGUUUCCGUGGGUCGCUUGUGGUAAAAAAGGAAAAACGAAAAGCAAAAAACAGGCUGUGAUUGUA